GUCGACAAUCACACGAUAUAUAUUGACAACGAUUUAUGUUCUGUCGAAUAGGCUUCACAGAUGUGAAACAGCCCACUUGUUACUAGGAUCUUUGACUAGGAAGUCUUAAACAUUCCACCAAUCCCAACCGUCAAAGUGGUGUACGUGCGAACCGAACGUUCGACAAGUUUAGCCAUCUUGCAGUAGGUUAAGGCGAACGGUGACAAGCUUCUAUCAUCGACGAGAAAAAAGUUUUUAUCGUUGCCUUCAAACACUUUUCAAAUGUCUUCGCCAAAGAAAAGGUCACGUCUUGACCCUCCAAUCAGUUUAGAAUCUGACAGUGAUGAUAACAACGUAAAUUAUACUAAUAAUGAUGAGGAUGAAGACGCGAAAAAUGAAGAGGACGAAGAAGAGGUAGAUGAUGAUGAAGAAGAUAAUGAGGAGGAGAUGGUGGCGGAGCAGGAAGAAGAACACGAUGGUGUUGAUGAUGAUCACACAGAUCCAAUUUUAGAGAAAAUGUCUAUUUAUAAAGUAAAUACCAGUCGAUUUACAGCUACAAUUAAUAAUACAAAUAAAUUGAAGACGUGGAUUAUAGACCAUUUAACACGAAGCAAGGAGCUUGAAUAUGAUGAACAUAUACAUAACCAAACAAAGAAAGAUUUUAAAAUGUUAUGGUUUAGACACGUUACAAAAGAACAAAACAACAAAAACUCAGUAAAAAUUUCAGAAGAACGUACAGGAUCAGAUAAAUACAAAAUUCCUGGCUACAGACAAUCUGGAAAUCUUUUAGCUUUUUACCGAAUCAAAGGUGACAAACCAGAAGUAUUUUUUGUGUGCGACGGAUCAACGUAUUCGUUUGUACUACAUUACACAGAUCUUGAAUUUCGAACGAAUAUGGCAAUACAUUACAUAGACGAAAAUAAAGUUUCGAAACUUGAGAAAUACUGUCUAACCGGGCCUGAUCUUACCACCAAAACUGUGUACAAAUGCAAACAAACCAUGCACAGCAUUUCGCUAGAACAAUAUAUUCCUAGCAUAACAUCCGUUAUCAGAGAGGAUACUAAACUGUGGAGAUUAUUAACAAAAUCAAGACAAAACAAACCGGAUAUUUCCAUGGAAAUAGGCCUCAACAAAGUGAGAAUCAACUUAAAGAUGACCGUUUCUACCAUAACCCAUGUGUUACAAACAAUCUCUGAUGAAAUGGAAGUUCCUCAUAUGUCUUUGCGACCGCUGGUGCAAUCCUUUAAGCACGUGCAACGGAUAUCUCUCAAAGAACAUGUUUAUCAGCUAAAUAAGAAGGUAUCAAAACAAUUAUUGAAGGUUAUGCGAAAGGGAUCCGUCCACGACAUGUAUAUAAGUCAUCGAUUCUUGGAUGAUUUUCACAAUUCAACAGAGUUUUCACUUAAAAUAAAGUCCGAAGAAAUUGCAAAAUGGAACUCCCCUCCAUCGAUGAAAAGUGUCAUAUUAAAGUUAAAGAAUAAAUAUAGAAAUAUUGACAAACCAAACUAUUCAAAAAUAAAACAAGCGUUAGCAAACGAGAAAAUAUGUUUGACUUUUGGAAGGUCCUCUGGAUCCGUUAGUGAGCCAAUUCAAAAUUUUGUGCAUGGGUGUAUUCCAGGCGACGAAGAAAACCAGAUGUUCUAUAAAGUGUGCCAAAAGUGGUUUAGAUGUGCAACGUCUUAUUUUGAAAAUAUUGAUAGAAAUUUUAAAAUGUUAGCUGAAAACAGCCUCUUUAAAGAAGAUGAAAAGUCUGUUGUAAGCGACAUUUUAAAAUACCCUUGGCGACGGCAAUCAUCUUUUGAUUUGGACAAACACAAACACAUACUUAAAUUGUCACACGACCAACUUGAAAAAUUGAUGAAACGAUUAUGUGUACGGACUAGGGUAACUGCACACAACAAAAUAUGGUUAACCACAGACAGCUUAUUGUUUCCGGCAGUAUCAGCACUUUACAAAGAUAUUAAUCAGGUCAUGAAGGCAAAGAAACAACGCAAACGGACCGAUUUAAACAGAGGAGACGAACCAAUAAGUAUACAUGAUUCGAUACGAGGUAUCCUAUGGUCAUAUAGAAAGACGAUUUCAGAGGCACCUGUUGAGCUUCGAAAAGUACUCCAAACAAAAAUACAAAUUUGUCGCCGCCUGAAAUGUAAACAGCGAUUCCAAGUCGUCAACCCAGUUUUGUCCUACAAGUUGCUUGCACAGAUUGAGAGCGAUUUUUCAACAGUCGAUGGAAAACAACUUUUAAAUUAUCUUAAAAGUAUGAUGCCACUGUCAGAAGGAGAUUUCAAUGAACUGUUUCUGUUCUGUGAGGAGGAAGGUUACAUCGUGCUGCCCGGGGACAGAGUAUUGUCGACGAACAAAAUUGAGUUAUUUGAUAUAUUGGUACACCAUGAAGAAACCAAGAAAACAUUUCUUAUUCACACUAAGGAUGAUUUAAAUGGAAGUGCUCGAACAUCGUGUGCUCAAAUCAGGAAUGCUGCGGAGGUAUUAUGGCACGACUUUGUGAGACAUCAAACACACCACCUGGAGUCGUGGUGGCAACAAGCUAUGGGCACUAAAAGCAAUGAUGUAUACCGAAUACUACUUAGAAGAAAGCUAAAGAAACUUGGGAAAGAAAAAUUCUUAAGCCUUUUUGCAAAAGAAAACAUUCUGGUGUUUGUUCUUGCUUUUAGGUCUGCCAACAAAAAGCCGUGCCUGUCAUUUGAUUUUCGACCACUUGUCAGCAAAGACUUCAGUCAUUUGGAGACAGAAAAGGGCGACAUUUGGGAUUCGUUAGUAAAGAAUGAUCUCGUCUCCGACUCAGGUUUCCUUUCCGACAAACUCAUUACAAUCAGCAAUAAGAAAAAAUUCAUUAAUGAAUGUGACCGACGUGACACGUUAAGCAAAUAUAAAAACACACAAAAACACAAAAUUUAUAAAAUUCUGAAAACCAAUGGUAAGAUUGGCCUGUCGACUAUCGCCAAAUUAGAGCUAUUAACACUUCAUGAAUCAUUUAACCGUUACCAAUUCGGUGAAAGGAAGAAUUUUGUGUUAAGGUUAUUAGAACUGCAGUCAAUUUAAAUAAAUUGUGGCUAAGAAGACUCUGGAUAUUAGAUUCAUUGUCGAAUGAAAGUCGUAAAACGAUUGACGCUUGUUGAAACGUGUAUUCUGUCUAAUUUAUGUAAUUAAGUUUCCAUAUAGCUAUUUGUACAGAUUUGAUUACAGCUUCCUAACACAUUAUUGAAUUGGUUUAAAAAACAUAUUUCAUUCGUUGAGACCUGUUGAUUAGUAAAAUAAAUCUUAACACGGUCAACACGUGCAAUACAACCAAUUUGAACACCAUAGUCGUAACAUAUUCCUUUUUUAUCGCAUCACUUGUAUGCGUACCUCUUUUAGGGCGAGAUUUAAUUCUUUUUGACAAUUUCGUACACUGUGAGACAAUCGCGAUUUUUUUUACCCGACUGACGAAAAUGACCCAUGCAUCUAACAGGAAGUUACGGAAUACCGAUAGCCCAUCGUGGUUACACAUUAAAAUCAAGAGGGCGACAAUGCGAUAGUACGAUGGUGACAGUGCGACAAUACGGUGGCGACAGUGCGAUAGUACGAUGGCGACAAUGCGAUGAUACGAUGAUGACAGUACGAUAACGCGAUAGUACGAUGGCGACAAUGCGUAAAUAUGAUAACGACAGUGCGACAAUACGAUGGCGAUAGUACGAUGGCGACAAUGCGAUAGUGCGAUAAUACGAUGACAACAGUGCGACAAUACGAUGGCGACAAUGCGAUAGUACGAUGGCGACAAUGCGAUAGUGCGAUAGUAAGAUGGCGACAAUGCGAUAAUACGAUGACGACAGUGCGACAAUACGAUGGCGACAGUGCGAUAGUGCGAUGUCGGCAAUGCGAUAAUACGAUGACGACAGUACGAUAACGCGAUGGUACGAUGGCGACAAUGCGAUGAUACGGUGGCGACAGUACGAUAUGACUAUCGCAUUGUCGCUAUCGUACUAUCGCACUGUCGCCAUCGUAUUGUCGCACUGUCGAAUUGUCGUCAUCGUAUUAUCGCGUUGUCGCAUUGUCUCCAUCGUACUAUCGCAUUGUCGCCAUCGUACUAUGGCAUUGUCGCCCUCUGGAUUUUAAUGUGUAAUCACGAUGGCCCUAACGGUAUUCCGUAGGAAGUUCAUAUCGAAUUACUUAAAUUAUGUAAAUAUAUACUUGUCUAUCGUUGUAAGCGUGUUAAAUGAUGUUUCACUUUUCUGUGUACACGUACAAAUAUCAUAGUAGAUAAUAAUGAGAACGUCGGAACACAUUUUUUAUCCACGAAUAUUUAAUGGUGUCGCUUAAUUAUACACUAAAACGAGUGUUUAUAAUGUUGUGUAUUGCUCCUUUAUAAGUGUAUUGCUAAUGCAUUUGCUUAUAAUAAUAACGUAUGAAUCUCAUUGAUGUUGUACUUGUGUCUAUUUAUUCUAAUCUAGAACGAGUCUUCAUACUAUUAUAUUUGUCCUGUAAAUAUGUAUUUCUACCAUACUUAUGGUGCUUUUAAUCAUAACUGAUGAUGUGUACCUUUUAUUUUUUCACAUUUCUAAUCAAGAACGAUUUUUAAGAGUGAUAUUUUUCGGUAGACGUGUGUUGCUAUUUUAUUUGCUUAACGUUUACAUAAUUAAUGUUGAUGUACGUACAUUUGUAUCACUUUAUUUUUUAUAGAUAGAAUGAGAGUUUAUGCUGUUAUAAGUAUUGUGUAGUUCCUACUAAUGACUAAUAACUAGUAUUGAUAACUAUACAUAACCUAAAUGUAUGUUCAUUUUAUUUUCUUAUUAUUAUUUACUGCAUUCUAAUUUAUUUUGUAGUUGCUAAUAAUGACUAAUAGACCCUUUCAGUUAUUGCCGGUUUUUAAUUAUCUCCCUUGUGUGACGUCAGGCGAUGAUAAUCGAGUGUAUCGAUUGUAAACGAGAACAGAAAUCUUGUUAGAAAAUGUUGUGUUUUUUUCAACGAUGUAAAUGGACUGAACAUAUGCACGAAAAGAUUUGUACUUACCUUAUUGUUAAUAAUGUAUUAUUUUCUAAUGAAAUUUUGAUAUUUGGUUUAUACUGCUGAUACAGCAGCGUUAUUGUUCAUCAGAGAACGUGAUCGGAAUACUAAAUACUGAAAAUCCCACGAAACAAAACAACUAAAUAAGCCGUAUUCUUUCUUAUAGUAAGACUUUUAUAAAUGAUGUUAAAAAAAUAACGAAACAUAUAUUUAUUUGAUCACAAUUAUAAGUGGUGUGGAUAUUGUUGUUGUUCAUCAGCGAUCGAACGUGUAAGAGAUGCAUUUAAUCAAUUGUAAAACAAAGCCCUAAAAAAGCGGAAUACAUAACAAUUGUUAAAUUUUAUCACUUUCUUUUCCAUUGAAUGGAUUUUCGUUUCGUUUACAUUGAAUGACAAUAUUAAUAAAUGUUAGCAUACAUACGGAACAGAACUCUGCAUAUUAUGCAAAUUGACCUGUUUUUGCAUGUAUAUUGUAAUCUCUUUACUAAUGAUAAGGAGUGAUACAAAUCUAGCAUUUAAUGAUCAAUAAAUCUAUAUAUUUCAUUUAUUUAACGCAAGUAUUGUUUACUCUAUUGUGAUUGGCUUGUUUUCAUUAUGGUGUUUCGUACACUGAAAUAACGUACUUAUUAAACACUGUAUUACCGGUAUUAUGAUUAAACUGGCUAAUAUAUAUACACUUGUUCCUGUAAAUCCAUUUCCGAUAUUGUCUUCAUUCUUUUUAAUGUUAAAAUGUUUUAUUGAAGCAAAUGUUCAGUAUUUUGGCUUUAAAAUUUGGCUAAAAUGACUGCUUAAUAUGCCAAGGGGGGAUGACAUGGUGUUUAAUUACCAGACAUUAGGCUGCAACAUGUGGUUUAUGCAGGGACCCAAGUAUAGGUCCCUGGGUUUAUGACACCUUGUUUUCUUUGUAAUUGUCUGGGCAGUAUCCAAUCAUAACGAGAUAAUCGGGUUGUGAUGAACAUAGGUGCAAUAAAACACCGGGAUAAAAAUGCUGCAACAAAAUUAAAGAGUGUCAACAUUGGUGUGAACAAUUAAAUCAAACAAUUACUUUAUUCAAGAGAAUUUAUUGUAUGUCUAACAAGGUACGUUUUUUCAGACAAAUAAAGUUUCAAAUCAGGUACAAUAUGUUGCGUACAUAAAAUCGAUCUAUUUAA